AUGUCUUGCGCUCCUUGCAGCCCGUCAGCCACCUCUGCCCUCUCUGGAAAAGGUGCACUGUCAGGAGCCGCCAGCUGCUGGAUGCAACCGAGCAUUGGAGCAGAAGUUGGUGUCCAUGAACAAAAGCGCCAUCCAGACAGUGUUUCGGGUGGGUUGCAGGAGUUGCGAAAUGCAAAUGCCGUGCUAGCGGAUGAACUCAUGAAGGCGCGAUCGGGCUCCGAUCAGGUCCGUGACCAACUCCGUGAGAAGGAGCUAAGUGUCGAAGCGCUGCAGGCCACAAUAGAGCGGCUGGAGAAGGCCAGGAAGCUUGUAGACAAAAAGCACUUGCUGCAGCUGAAGGAGCUGAACAGGAGGUACAAAGAAGAGCAAGCUCAGAGGUUAACUCUAGAAGCCGAAUGUGCGCAGCUGCGGGCCAGCAAGAGCGUAGUGCACCACCAGGUGGAGUCCUUGCAGGAGGAGCGGGCGCAGCUGAUGGACCUGCUGAACUCCCAGAGGAGCAACAGCAGCCGGCUAGAGGCCACCGUUGCGGCUGACGCCGGCACCAUCGCGGAGCUGCGGUCGCGACUGCAGACCGCCGAGUCACGGCUGUCGGACGAGGUGGCUGCACGGCAGGACCUGUUUGGACGGCAGAAAGCGCUGGAGGCAGACCUGAAGCUCGCAACGGAGCGACAUAGCACCCUGGUGGCAAGCAGCUCGGAGGCAGAGGCACGAGUGCGCGCGGUGACGGCUAAGAUGCAGCUUCUCGAAGACGAGCUUGAGGCCGCUAAGAAGGCCCUGCAGGCCGAGAAGGCGGCCUUCGCUGCCGAGCGCCAGCGCACCGCUUCCCUGCAGUCCGACCUGACGCAGCUGCAAACCAGUGCCCAGCUAGCAGCCGCGGCAGCAACCGCAGAACAGGCGGAAGUGGAGCGGCUUCGCGUGCAGGCGGAACAGCUCAUGGUGGCCAACGAGGCUCUCCGAACGGAUGUAGCGAAGCUGCGGGAGGAGGUUCUGCACCUUAGCUCGCAGCAAGCGGCGGCUCAGGCCAACGCCCAGACCCUGCAGCAGCAGCGUGAUCAGCUGCAGCAGCAGCGCGACGACCUGCAGCUGCAGUUGGUGGAAGCGCACGAGUCUAAGGACCGCCUGGAGCGCAGCCUGCGGGAGGAGAUCGCGGGCCGGGCGCGCUCGGCUCAGGAGGAUGCAGCCGUUAGGCAGCUGGCGUACGGCGAGGAGCUUGCGGCCAAGCAGCGGCAGUGGGAGGGCCAGCUGCGGACAAGGGAGAACGCCUGGGAGGAUGAACGCAAUGCGAUGCGGUGCGCCCACCGAGAGGAGCUAAAGCGUAAGGACUUGGAGCUUCUGGAGGUGCGGGAGCGCAUGCGUGAGGCACAGAGCAGCUUGGGGGAGUUGGCGGCCGAGGUGUCCACGUUCAAGUACCAGAGCGAGCACUACGCGGAGGUGCACAAGAAGAACGAGGAGCUGAGCCAGCGACUGGCAAAGGCGGAGGAAACCGUCAAGGCGCGCGACGCAUCUUUAGCCGAGGCUGCGGGCUCCCAUGCUGCUCAGCUGGAGCUGUGGAAGGCGGAGGCGAAUGAGGUUGCGCAGGCAGCUGCUAAAUGGAAGCAGCGCUGCACGACACUGCAAGCACAGUUGGAGGUCAAGGAGUCUGAACUGGAGGCAGUGGAGCAGGAGGUGCGCUCGCUGACGGCCAAGCUCGGUGCCUCUGAGACGGAACGCGUGAGGCUGCAGGAGGCGCUCGCCAGCACCGAGUCCAAAUUGGCUCUGGCUACUCAGGACUCCAGCUCCUACAGGUCGCAGCUCGCGGACGUGCUCGUGUCCAACGAGACCGCGGCUCGCCAGGUGGAGGCGGUCCAGCAGGACAUGCAGUUGCGAGACAUGCAGGAGCUGGAGGGCAAGCGACGUGCUCUGGACGAGUUGACCGUCCAGCUGCGGGAGGCCGAGCGGGGUCGCGUCCUUGCGCAGGCGGAAACUGAGCGGCUUCGGGAUCGGGUGGUCCAGCUGACAAGGGAAGUUGACCGGGCGCGCAUGGUGGCGGACGUGGUCACGGCCCGCAGCGGCGGUGGUGGCACCAACGUGGCCGCGGCGCUGCGCCGGUCAGCAGAUGCGGCAGCCGACGCGUGGGGCGGCAGCGGCGGUGCCGGCUACGGGCAACAGUUUGGCGGUCGAGGCGGAGGCAGCGCCGCCACUGCUGCCCCGCGGCUGGCGUGUGAGCCAUCGGAUUUGGACGAGGGGUCGGCGGCAUUGGACAGGAGGGCCUACUCGCAACGGGGAGGGACCAGAGGAGGAGCCAGCACGGCGCCCGCCACUGCGCGGCAGCCUUGCAGCGCCAUGGAUCUGGAUGACGAGUUGACCCUGGGCAGGCAGGGCUAUUCGCGUCGAGCCGGGACCACCCGGGGAGGAGGGGAAAGCCUUGGCGCCGCGCGGUCCAUUCCAGUUCCUUUCGACGUUGAGGACAUGGAGGAGGACGAGGAGGAGCUGGACAGAAGAGCCCACAGAGGUCGCAGCACGGCUGGAGGCAGGCGUGAAUACCACGAUGUAUCGGCCAUGGAGGAGGAGGCGGAAAGCUGGUUUAAGUCGCUGGACGAGGAGAAGAGAUCGCGCAGGCAGCCGACCUCCAAGGAGAUAGGGCGCCCAGCCGGCCGCGGCGCCGGGACCUCCCCGCGAGGGGCAAACGUGAGGCAGCCGGAUUUCCAACGCGGCCCGGAGGCAUCACCCCAGCACCGCCACCCUCAGCCCCAGGCCCAGCAGCCUCAGCGCCAGCACCACGACCAGCAUCCCCACGUACACCCUCAUGCAGGCAUUGCCCAUCCUCAGGAGACUGCGCAAGCGGAUGCAGCGGAAGCCGGCUGUGUCAGGACUUACGAUGUGACCAUUAGUCACCAGCCUGGCACAGGAGUCUCGGAGGGUGGCGGCCGGGCGGCGCAGCCCCAGGCCCCGCCGCCGGCCGCAGCCCACUGGCCGGCUCCCCAGGCCGCCUCCUACCCCGUGCUGCCCAUGCCGUCUACCUCCUCUGCGGGAUUCUCCACCGGUGGCGCAGCGGCCGUGGCAGCUGCGGCUUACACAGCGUACGUGACUCCAGUGGAGCAGGGAGCAAGUGGCUACACGGCCCACGCCUCAGCAACGCCCCAGCCAGCAACCGGGGCACCACCGCCGCAUCGCACAGUGUCCCUGACAACGUCCCCCAGUCCUGCGAGCAGCGCAGCGAGGUAUGCACCCAUCGCACAGCAGCGGCAGCCGCAUCGGACGUACGGCAUUUCUGCACUGCAGCAACAGCCCUCAUAUCCGUACACACGGAGCGAUGGUGUCAGGUUGUACGCCGCGAUGACACCCGUGUCGCCCGUUUUUUCGGAGUCCGCAUCAAACGCUUCCUCUAAUUUGCAAGAGCGGCUGCAGCGUCUAUUGGGUACUGGCAAACUGUCCUAG